GUUCCAUUACGACGACAUGCAGUUCGAAUCUUUGUAUGACGUGGCAAGAAAAUGGUUCUUCCUUAUCCCACCCAUGAUUUGUCCGCUUCAAUUUGCCAUUGAUGCCCCGUUCGGAAGAUUUGCUCCGUCCAAUGAUAGCGUCUUCGUCGUGGAUGGAAUCAAGUCAUGGAUUAUUAUGGAGCUAGUCUCUCCCAUCACCUUCAUCGUCGCACUAUACAGCGCGCCCUUGGAAAUAUCGCCGUCUGCGAUGUCCACCCCCCAGGUCGUCCUCGCCAGCUUAUUCAUUAUCCAUUAUGUUAACCGUGCAAUAAUUUCCCCUCUGCGAACACCAUCUCGUUCGAAGUCGCACAUCAUUGUCCCCCUCAACGCUGUCAUAUUCAAUAUUGUGAACGGUGCUCUCAUGGGUGCCUACCUCUCAUCUCCCGCUGCAUCUGCGUUUCUGACAGGGGCCUUCUCUCGUCCAUAUUUCUGGGCUGGAAUAAUGCUCUGGGCUUGUGGCUUCGCGGGAAACAUUUUGCAUGAUGAGGUGCUUCUCAAUAUCCGUCGUAAUGCUAAAGCGAAAGGCAAACGCAACGAGAACCAAGCUGGAAAGGAGCACUAUGCAAUCCCGCAUGGCUACCUCUACCGAUAUAUCUCCUACCCAAACUACUUCUGCGAGUGGUUAGAAUGGGCUGGCUAUGCAUUAGCCGCUGCGCCAUUCCCCACUCUCAUACCGCUCUCAGAAACAGCGAAAACCAUUCAACCCCCUUGGUUGUUCCUCUGGUCGGAAGUUUUGCUUAUGAUCCCUCGGGCAUAUAAGGGUCACCGAUGGUACCACAAGAACUUUCCCGAGUACCCCAAGGAGAGGAAAGCCGUUGUGCCGUUUAUCAUUUAGGCUGGCUGUAGUAACCAGUGACUCUUUCAAUUCAUCACCGCGUACUUCUACCCUUCGAGAAGGACAGCAGUCAAUGUUCUUAUUAUCACGAUCAGCUUGUUUCAUUGCCAACUUUCUAUGAUGGCUUAUGGGGGAAAUUAUCAUUUAUUUUCCAGAUACUGUGGCUGAGUAAGCAACAGGUCAAGUAGUGGGUCACCCGGUGUUUUUCUCGCCAACCACAGCAGCUAUUGACUUGUUAUUUUCGCCAUCGCAUAGAGCAUAGUCGAAAGGUCAUUGUCUUAAAAUUUUGAGCUGACCUAAGCACUGAGACUUUUGACCUCUACUAUGCCCUCGCCUCCUCC